AUGUCCGAAGUAGAAGAAGCAAAACAAGCAGAAGAGAUGAGGUUACAGCGAAUAGCCGGACUGGCGGACUCUUUGAAAAACGAGAAGCAGAGGUUAACUUGUGAUGAGACACAGAGCUUGGUGAAUGUACUAGAGUCCGGGGACUGUUCUAAGUUUAAGAUGCAGUUUAGAGAAUGCGUGAUAGAUAAAGGAGAUAAAGAUAAGUGUCAACACGAGUUCUUGUUGUAUGCUAUGUGUACUAUGAAGCAAGAAAGUGAGUUAUCAAUGUUAUUGAAUCCUGUUCUCAACACAGAAACAUUGCAAUGCAGUGAAGAUAUCAAGGUUCUAAUUGAGGAGAGUUUAGGUUUCAUCACCGAAGCUAUCAAUAAAUAUGGACUGGAAAACAUCGCUCUGGCGUUCAACGGAGGAAAAGAUUGCACCGUCCUUCUCCACCUGUUACAUAUGACACUCCAGAGACUCAACUUACACAACACUAAUGUUAUAACCGUUAAUAUCGAAACUGAGGAGGUUUUUCCUGAACUCAAUAACUUUAUAGCCCAAUCUGCAGAUUUGUACAGACUAACGAUAGUAAAGAAGAAUGGUAAAAUAAAAGACGCGCUGUUCGAACUGAAGGCUGACAUGCCUCACUUGUCGGCUGUACUAAUGGGUACCAGAUCCACAGACCCCUACUCAGCCUCUCUUCGCUCCUUCACUCCCUGUGAUCCGGGCUGGCCCAGUCUGAUGAGGGUUAGCCCCAUCUUAUCCUGGUCCUAUAAACAUGUGUGGUGCUUUAUUAGGGAGAUGAAUGUACCUUACUGUACUUUAUACAAUGAGGGGUACACUUCCUUAGGUAAUAUCCACAACACUCAGAGGAACCCGGCCUUGCUUUGCGAGGAUGGUACAACCUACAAACCCGCAUAUUGUCUGACAGAUGGUGCGAAGGAGCGCGCUGGCAGAACUAAGUGAAGUUUGUGCUCUGUUUUAUCUAGCGCGCUGGCAGAACUAAGUGAAGUUUGUGCUCUGUUUUAUUUAGCGUGCUGGCAGAACUAAGUGAAGUUUGUGCUCUGUUUUAUCUAGCGCGCUGGCAGAACUAAGUGAAGUUUCAAGUGCUCUGUUUUAUUUAGUAUUUUAUGCGUUUUUAAAUUUUGGCAACUUCUGUUUCAAACGUCAUUUGCAUUUGGGCUUCAGUGACAUAACUGGCUUUUAAAGAUUUGGUAAAAUGUGAUGUUUUGUUUUAUCUCUUAAUUAUAGUCGUGAUAUCAUUAUAGUCAUUCAAGUUAACAUUCCACCCUCAGUGAUUCAAAUGAUUUUGUUUAUAUAUUGUUUUCAUUAAUCGAUUUCAGUUUUGGUAUAUGUUUUGAUUGUUAUUAAUAAAUACCAAAGUUUAAA